AUGACGGAGCAAACCACGAAAAAGCUGUUCGAGCGUUUAUCGAAAACGAUCGUUCCAACCCAUUAUGAUCUGACCAUUCAACCGUUUCUCGAAACAUUCAAAUUUGAUGGGAAUGUCACCAUUGAUAUACAAGUGAAUCAGCCGACUGAUACUGUGAUAUUGUAUGCUGCUGAAUUACAAAUUCAUCAAGCAACACUUGUAUCGAAGUCGAAGGAUGAAUUGAAAGGUAAAGUUGAACUCGACGAAGAAAAUGAACGGUUAAAAGUCACUUUUGACAAACAACUCGAAAAAGGUGAUUAUCAAUUAUCAUUGAAAUUCUCCGGUGAAAUUACCGAUAAGAUGGUUGGCUUUUACCGAAACAAAUACACAACGCCUGAUGGUAAAGAAGUUCGUUACGGUGCAAGUACACAAUUUGAACCAUCGGAUUGUCGACGAGCAUUUCCAUGUUGGGACGAACCGAAUUUCAAAGCGACAUUUGAUGUCACGUUGAUUACACCAAAACAUCUACGUGCAAUUUCGAAUAUGCCGAUCAUAUCCGAACAAGAAUUUGCUGAAAAUAAGGAUUGGAAAGUAACUAAAUUUGAUCGUACACCAAUCAUGAGCACAUAUCUCGUUGCCUAUGUUGUUGGUGAAUAUGAUUAUGUUGAAACAAAAGAUUCCAAUGGUGUUAGUAUGCGUGUGUAUACUCCAGUUGGUAAAAAAGAGCACGGUAAAUUCGCAUUGGAUAUUGCAUCGAAAGUACUACCUUUCUACGCGGAAUAUUUCAAUAUCAAGUAUCCAAUAGCGAAAGCUGAUCAAAUUGCCAUACCAGAUUUUGCUAUGGGAGCCAUGGAAAACUGGGGUUUGGUGACAUAUCGCGACACAGCACUUUUGAUUGAUCCGAAUUUAUCAUCGAUCAAUUCUCGACAAUAUGUUGCUAUUGUUGUAGCACAUGAACUUGCACAUCAAUGGUUCGGAAAUCUGGUUACCAUGGACUGGUGGACUGAUUUAUGGCUCAACGAAGGCUUCGCGUCGUGGAUCGAAUACUUAGCAGUUGAUAAAUGUUAUCCUGAAUUCGAUAUUUGGACCCAAUUUGUCGCAGAUACAUUUGCAAGCUUUCUUAUUCCGGACGCCUUAAAAUCUUCGCAUCCAAUUGAAGUGCCUAUUGGUCAUCCGGCUGAAAUAUCGGAAAUUUUUGAUGAAAUUUCGUACUCGAAAGGUUCUUCUGUCAUUCGUAUGCUACAUGAUUAUAUCGGUGACGACGCUUUUCGAAAAGGACUUCAUAAUUACCUAAAAGAAUAUAGUUACAAAAAUACUACUACAGUUAAUCUUUGGUCUCAUCUAGCUAAAACAUCGAAUAAACCAGUCGAUGAAGUGAUGUCCUCAUGGACAUUGCAAAUGGGUUAUCCAUUAAUCACCGUACACGAAGAACAACACUCGAAUAAAUCUCGUGUUUUGAAAUUAUCUCAGCAACGUUUCAUUGCUGAUGGCAGUGCUGACAAUGAAAAUCUGCAGUGGAAAAUUCCGAUAACUAUUUUCACGAAAUCCAAUCCUAAAGCCGUUGCCAAGCAGAUUCUUAUGGAUAAAUCUGAAGUAACCGUUACUUUAGAUAACGUUUCGGAAGAUGACUGGGUUAAAUUAAAUUACAAUUCUAUUGGACUCUAUCGUGUCAAAUAUGAAUCGAAGGCGUUGGCGCGUCUUCAGGAGCCUAUUGCUAAUAAAACACUCAGCCCACAAGAUCGACUCAUCAUUCAAAAUGAUGUAGCUGCUCUGUGCAACGCCGGUCACCAAUCGUUUGUUGAUUAUCUCAAACUGUUAUUGUCGUACAAGGAAGAAGAUAACUUUACUGUGUGGAAAGCUAUUGCAUCGACAAUUGGUGAUUUAUCAUCGUUACUUGAAUAUACGGAUUACUUUGAUCAAUUUAAAGCCUAUCGUUUAAAACUUUUCUCAUCCAUACAACAAAAACUCGGUUGGGAUGCGAAAGAAAAUGAAAAUCCAUUGAUUGCUAUGUUACGCCCAAUGGUAUUGAGUUUAAUGGGUAGAUCAGGUGAUCAAGCCAUCAUUGAUGAAGCAAUAAAACGCUUCAAAAAGCAUCUAGCCGGCGAAUUAAUCGAUCCGAAUAUUCGAGGAACUGUUUAUGGCUUAGUUUCACGUUAUGGCAAUGAUACAACUCAAACAGAACUUCGAAAACUAUAUGACGCCGCUGACAUGACUGAAGAAAAAGUUCGUUUACUUCGCGCGAUGGGUCAAACAGUUGAUGGUGAUAUUAUUGAAAAAGUGAUACAAUUCGGAUUUGAUGGAGAACAUGUUCGCAUGCAAGAUUCCUAUAUAGGUCUUGUUAGUUGUGCCAGUAGUCGAACUGGUCGUGAUAUUGUCUGGAAAUAUUUGCAAAAGAACUGGAAAGCACUCGUUGAACGCUUUGGUGAAAUGAGCAAUUUCCUUGUUACUUUCGUCGACAGUACAUUAUCGGAUUUCGUUGAUGAAAAACUAGCUGAUGAUAUUCAAGCGUUCUUCGACGCAGCGAAUACCGCGAUUGUAACGCGAGCUGUGAAACAGGUCGCCGAAACAAUUCGUAUGCGUGCGGACGUUAUGAAACGGGAUUCGAAGGCAAUAGCCGAAUAUUUAACUCAGCAAUGUACAGCUUCGAUGACAUCAUCUAGUGAUAAUGAUGAUAGUACAUCAACAGAUUCUGAUGAUGAAUCAGUUUUCUAUGAUGCAAAUAGUACUCUAACAACUCAUGAGAUACUCACAUCUUUUCAACAAGAACCUCGAUGGCGAAUUCCAUCCAAACAAGAUACAUCGAUACUGCCACCUGAACAUUUCUCUGCCAUAUCAUUAACUGAAAACCAAUUACAUGAUAUUCAACGACGUGAUAAACUUCAACGGCUUCGAGGAGUCGAUACUCGACACAAUUCAAGCAUUACUGUGAAGUCAACAACUGAUUCGUCUUCGAUUUUAUCCUCAUCGUCAGUUACAACAGAACAGGACGGCAAUAAUGAAGAUGCAUCAUCAUCAUCAUCGACAGUCGAUCCUUUAGUCAAUGACACUGAUAAUGAGCCUAACCGCAUCAAUAGCAAGAAUUCGACGUCUUCCAUAUCGAAAACAACAGCAAUCAAUUCUUCUGUCAAGUCUGGUGCAGCUAAUUGGACAUCUCAUCCCAUCAGAAUUGCCGCUUCAGCUCGUGGUACAGGUGGAUACUAUUCAAGUAAAAUACCUCUAUCGACAACAAGCGAACCUAAUCUAGUCGAUCUAAAUACUAUCGAUCGUAUCACCAAAUACGGAGAACUACUCCCUAAUGGUCGAAAGUUAAAUGAUGAGGAGAUUCUUCAACAACCGAUAGUACGUAAUCUUGACGAUGGUCGAUACAUUCCGUUGAAUGCUACGAAUCCAAUGGAUCUUACUAUUAUGGAGCGUAUUCGCGAAACUGAAAGUAUGGUUGCGUUGCGUCAUAACUCACUGAUAAAUUCUACGAGUAAUUUAAGAAAAAAGUCGACUGUUAGUCUUCCAGAGAAAACUCAUGAUGACCUUUCGAUAUCAUCCGAAUCAUCCAGUCAGACAGUGGCUCGAUCAAUUCUUGACCGUCAAUCAUCGGAGUCGUCUUUUAGGCGUACGACAUCUUUUCGUAAACAGUUAACUAAUCUAGUGGUGCGAAACAUUUUACGCAAGAGACAGAGUAAACUCGCGAAUCAUGAUGAGGACGAAGAUGAUACGGAACGCGCGUUGAUUAAUGAUGGUUCAAACGGGGAUUUGAAGUACAAAGCAUCGCGCUAUCUAAAAGAACAGACACAGUUUGAUAAAACACAGCUACUUCAAACCAUCGUUAAUGCCCACGAUGGGCCGAUAUGGUGUAUGAGAUUCUCUCCCGAUGGUAAUCUUCUCGCCACAUGUGGACAAGAUGCACUAUUAAAAGUUUGGAUAUUGAAACUAGCGCAACCACACUUCAGUGAGUUUUCUCAAUUAACAUCGAAUGCGUCUCAGCAGCAAAAUGAAAUCUUAACUAAUCGUCUCCACGAGUUUCAUCGAACGAUCUCAACCGACACGGUGACAUCUACAAUAAAUACGAAACUUGGUUUGAAUGAAUUACAAGCACCACUCUAUACGAAACCAUUUUGUGAAUUUAGUGGACAUCAAGCACCCGUUCUUGAUGUUGCCUGGUCGAAAUCUUUAUUUCUUCUCUCGUCUUCAAUGGAUAAGACUGUUCGUCUAUGGCAUUUAAGUCGAUCGGAAUGUUUAUGUUACUUUCGACAUGUAGAUUUUGUUUCGGCUAUUGCAUUUCACCCGCGUGACGAUCGAUUUUUCGUCUCGGCGAGUCUAGAUGGACAUGUGCGUUUAUGGAAUAUUCCUGAUAAACGUGUUGUUUACUGGUCUUUAAUUCCUGCCCAAGCUUCAUCACAAAUUCCCGCUGCUCAUGCAAACUUAAUUACAGCGGUUAACUUUUGUGACGAUGGUCGUAAAGUAACAGUUGGUACGUUCGACGGACGGUUUUUAGUCUAUACUGAUUCUUUACAAUAUGAUACGGUAAUGAAUAUCGGGGAUAAGGAUGGUAGUCGAAGUCAUCGAUCAAGAAAAAAACGAAAGAAACCGUACAAGAUCACUGGGAUCGAAUCAAUGAGUUCUGAUAAUGCCAAGGUAUUGAUUACUUCGAAUGAUUCCCGUAUUCGUUUGUAUAAUAUUCGCUCGAAAGAAAUUGAACGUAAAUAUCGUGGUUAUUCCAAUCAAUCCAGUCAAAUACGAGCAUCCUUCAGUCAUGAUGAUCAAUACAUCAUUAGUGGAAGUGAAGAUAGUUGGUUUUAUAUCUGGAGAACGGAACCGGAUACGAAUGAUAAUAAUACGUCCAUCAAUUCGAGAUUAACACGAAGACAACGACGAUAUUUCCAUCGUGCUUACGAACGUAUUCGAGUUCAUAAUACAAUGGUUACAUCUGCUAUUUUUGCACCGAAUCCAACGGCCAUCAUGAAUUAUGUAUAUUCUCCCAAUGAAUCGUCGCCUUCUCUAUUACGACCAACGACUGCAGUACAAAGUCCAGCUAAUCUUUCGAAUAAUCGUGCUCGAUUGAAUUGUGUAUAUCGUUCGAUGAAUUCCACAGACGAAUCGUCUGUAACGAUUAACACCGGAGCUGUGUAUGUGAUGAUCACAGCGGAUUCGAAAGAUAUAAAACCAACUAUCUUNUUUAUUCGUCAAAAUCUCUCUGUGCAACAAUGGAAUUUCGCAACUUCAACGUUUCAUCCUGUUGUUAAUUGUCAGAUUUUUGCUGGUAAUGUGCGUAAUGCUCAAACAUUACGCAAAGAAAAAUAUCCUCGAGAAUUCUUUCCUGAAGCGAAAUGGUCGAGGAAAGGCUUCACUCAAACUCGUUGGCUAAUCAAUGGCUUCAUAUUCGACUUGCUUAAUGUACACCUAUUCCAUGACGCAUCUAAUCUUUUAGCAGCUGAACAUAGUCCAUCGAUAUAUAGUAAAUGUCGUCGCAAUGCUCUAGAAUAUACUUUACAAAAUUUGCCAGUCGGUUCAGAUGGUAAACGUGUCCCCUAUGUUAUAUUUGGUGAUUUUAAUUUCCGACUCGAUGCCCAUCGUUUAGUGGAGCACAUUGCAGACAAACGAAACGAUUUAAUUGAUAAAAUCAAAGGCAAGAAUAGCGAUGAAAUUGCCAAGAUUAUUAUUCGAAAUGAAGAUAAUAAGCCACGAUUGACAAUCGAGAAGAAAGAAUUCAAUCUACACGAAAAUCACGAUUCAUUCUUCAAUACAAAUACAAAAGAGGCUCAUAAGUUUGAUUUUGAAUCGUCGUUAUUCAAUGAUUAUUUGUAUGAAUAUGAAAAGACUUUUCCACCGAGUUAUCCAUAUAGUGAAGAACAUCAUGAAGCCCGGUCAUAUUUACGUGCUCGUUGUCCAGCAUGGUGUGAUCGUAUACUUCUCAGUCAUUCAUUUAAGAACUUCGUUGAUACAAAGGCGAAACUGCCAUCCUAUGAUAUCAUUGGAUAUGAUGCAUGUGUGGGCGACCAUAAGCCGGUUUAUUUAUCUCUAACUGUUGGUUUGGUACAAGAAAAUAUGUCAUGA